ACCAGUAUUCCAGCGUUACAUGUUACUCUUCUUGGUGGUGAGUGGAGUUCAUCUGCUGGUGGCUUGUCAACCAUAAACAGAGAGCUUGCUAUUCACCUUUCAAAUCAUUCAGCAGUGAAGGUUUCUUUGUUAGUCCCCGAGGGAGCUUGCAAUCAUGAAGAAAAAAAUGAAGCCCUUACCUAUGGAAUCACUAUCGUUGAGGCGAAGAGACGUGCCGCAUUUGAUCGUCUUCUUUGGUUAAGCUCACCACCCAAGGAUCAUGUCAUGGACAUCGUUGUUGGUCAUGGUGUAAAACUUGGUCGGCAAGUACAAUUCAUUAUAGACUCUGCUAAAUUUCCAAAUUGUAAAUGGAUACAAGUGGUGCACACUGCUCCAGAGGACCUUAGCAGAUACAAAUGCUACAGUGACCCCAUUUCAAAAGGUGAAACAAAACACGAAUCAGAAGUUGAACUUUGCAAACUUGCUGAUCUUGUUGUGCCUGUGGGACCUAAACUGAAAGAAGCAUACACUUCAUAUUUGCAGCGAUGUAAGACAGAUCAUGACGUUUUGUCUAUUACUCCAGGUCUUUUUCAAAGGGAGUUUGGGGAUUUAGUUGCAAAACAAGAUCCUAACGAGGAUGGUGAAUUCAAAGUGUUGUUAUUUGGUCGUGGGGAUGAUGAGGACUUUGAACUCAAAGGAUACAACAUUGCUGCUCAAGCAUUUACUGAUCAGCGGUUAAAAAACAAACCCUAUCAUCUAAUCUUUGUCGGAGCACCUGAAGGAAAACAAGAGGAAGUCAGAGAAAAACUUCUUCAUCAUGGUAUUGCAGAAGCACAGUUGACUGUUAGAAAAUUUAUACAAAGUAGAGAGAGAAUGAAAGAUCUGUUGUGUGAAGCUGACCUUGCCAUUAUGCCAUCAAAAUCAGAGGGAUUUGGUCUUGUUGCCCUCGAGUCCCUAUCUGCAGGCCUACCCAUUCUUGUUGGUAGUAAGUCGGGAUUUGCCAAAGCAUUAGAGAAUGUUCUUCAUGGUUAUUCAUGCAUUGUAAAUUCAGAUGAUCCUACAAAAUGGGCAGAAGCAAUUGAAGCUGUUCGUGUCAGGCAUCGAAUGCGCCUUGAAGAGAUUAAAGCACUUAAAGCAUCUUAUGGAGUGAUGUACAGUUGGGAGGAACAAUGCGAAGCUCUCGUGGAGAGAAUGUGGAAAAUGGUCCAUGGUAAGAGGUUUCGCUGUAAAGGAGUAAAUGACAAAGCAAAAUGAUGAAUAUGAGUAAUACAGUCGACUCCCGAUAACUCGAACCCUCGCUAACUCGAACCUCACGCUAACUUGAACCAAAAUCGAUUUCCCCUGGAUUUCCGUCUUACAUUCACUGUAAUUUUACCCUCGGUAACUCGAACGCUCGAUAACUCGAACUCCCGCUAACUCGAACCAAUUUUCGUUUACCAUCAUUUCAUUUUCUAUAUAAUUUUACCCUCGAAAACUCGAACCAUGUUUUGAGCCCUUAAAAAAGUCGGGAAAAAUGCCGUUUACUGGCGUCCGAAACAUUGAAUUUUGGAUUUCCUAUUGACGUGUUGUAGGAGUAUAGUUUACUAGUGGAGGCUAAUGUUGAUUGUCACAGGCUAACGUGAAGCAGCUUUUCUUCGUAAAACAGUAAAACGCAUACUCUAUUUAGGCUAUGUUUUGUUACGUUACGUUGUGAUUUAUAAUCUAAAACUAUCUUUUCAUUUUCACUUGACAUUUCUACAAUGAAAUGUGAUUAAAAUGUUCACUGUGCAGUAAAAACUCUUUUUUUACCUUACUCUCGGCUAUUUUCUUCGAACUCCCGAUUACCCGAAACUCUUUGCGAUUUCCCUGGAAGGUUCGAGUUAUCGGGAGUCGACUGUAGUUACAAAAUGCUAUUGACUGUUCCGAGGAAAAAGCCCACAAGGCAUGAGAAAAGUACUGUACACAUGCAGUUUUGACUUUUGCCUACAUGUUGAGAACAUAUCUUAAAUAUUGUAAUUGGGGCACUGCACAAUCAGCUUUCCUGAAAUAUUUUAGAUGUUUAUGGUAUUCUUGGCUCGAUUGGCAGCGAUUACUUACCUAUUGAUUUUGUUUUUUUCCGGUAAUUUCCUAUUCUAGUAGUGUUGAUGUCAAGAAGUUAACUGUGACUGCAGUCACAGUUAAUAAAAAAUUACACACCCUUUUGAAGUAAAUAAUUCAUUCAUAGUAGGCAUUAACAGUAGUAUUACAGCAUGGACCGAGUGGAAAAUGUCUUUGACCAUUUGAGGUACUGUGUGUAAAUUAAAAUAAGUGAUAAAUGUGAAUGUCCUAUCAUGAAAAAUAUAGAUAGCUGAAGCAGUACAAAGUAGACAGUCCACUGGAUAGGGCAAUGAUAUGCAAUCCUAAAGCACUUUCCAUUACAGUACACCAAGUAGAUAUUUUGUAUUUAAUAGUUUUCUAUAAAAACAACUCUACACGCUAUUAACUUUCUCUUCAGCGCAAAGGGACCUUCGUUGUUUUCCCCUCACAAUGAAACUAUAACAUUAUAACCAACCAACAGGGUCUGAAAAUGGCAACAAGCCAAGAAAUGAAGAAACUUUCCGUGCCGAGAAGAGAGCUCAUUUUGCAGCAGGAAGUCAACCUAAAAGUGGCUGUAAGCUUAUUCCAGGUAUGGAAAAACAUUAUCCGCUUCCUCUUGCUUAUGGCUUCUGGUAUGAGCGAAGGUUGGGGUGAGAGGUCCCUUUUUGGUCACUGAGGAGUGUCUACUGUAUAAUUUGUAGUAGUGAAAAAACCAUACUGCCCACUCACUGAACGUAACUGAACAGACUGUAUUUAUAUGUGUCACAUCUUCUAAGUUGACUAAACGUAGCUUACUAACCGACGCACUGUAAUGUUAUUUGAAUCAGUUCAGCAUUUUAUUUAGUGUGGCAAGAAAAUACACAAAAAGAGAACUUAUUAGGAUUCGUACAUGUUGACAUUUCUCAGUAGGUUUAUCUUUACCUCCAGACAUUGGUACCAUGAAGGCAUCGUUAUCCAGACCUGAGUAAAGAGUACAGCAGGACAUAAUAAUUCGUUAAAUUUUAACAAGACAAAUACAAUUUUGCACUAAAUAUUGCACGCUUUCAACUGCCGACAGAAUGCUGCUCUGAUUAAACAUAUACAGGAUACGUACAACUUGGACUUGAAAUCUGUGGGCAUCGGAUCUCUUGAAAUUAAAUUUCAGUAUCCCACCCUCGAGAGGAUAGAGGACUUUCGAUCUGGUCACCUUAAUGACAUUGCUGAGAGAUACCAUGUGUCUCAGACGAGAACAAAAGUGUGCAAGCCUUUAACAGAACUGCUACCCUUUAUACCACUCAGAUUUAACAAUUUGCUAGUGAAUGACUCAAAUCUGGGAACCCGGUUAAAACACACACUAAGUGACUAAAAUAAGUUUUGUCAACAUUUUUAUUUAGUUUCUUAAAUAAAAGGGUUAUCAUUUCUCGGCGACUUACUUUUUGUUUUCAGAUAUAAUUACCAAGCACUGUUUUCAAGAACUGAAUGAUGAACAGAGUAAAAUAGUCCGUGAAACUCUAGAACGACAAAUUCAAGUGUACAUCCGAUUUCGUAACAUUUCAACCGCCGAGGGGGUGUCUGGCCUGAUAGAACAUAUACAGGAGACGUACAACCUGGCGUUGAAAUCUGUGGGUGUAGGAUCUCUAGAAAUAACAUUUCAGUGCCCCUCCCUGGAGAGUCUUGAACGUUUGUGGAGUGAUUAUCAGACUGGUCACCUUAAUGACGUUGCUGAGAGAUACCUUGUGACAGAUGACAUAAAAAAGAAACUGGACUUGAAGAGUGUCAGGUUGAAGACAACGAUUGAAGAUGAAAACUACCGGAUUUGCAAGAAUAUUUUAAUGGAAAAAUCAUGUGAGUUGGGAAGCUCUUUGUAAGCUAUUGACUGUCUGCAGUUUAGGCUCAAACAAUUGAAAGCUGAAAUCAAAUCCAAAAAAAGUGAUUGAUACCGUUUGCUUACGUUCGGCCAACAUUGACUGGUUAUCUUUUCUGCUGCAAACCUAUUACGUUGCUCUUUGUUUCUUACGACAUUGUUACAUUUUCACUGCAGCAGUCGUGGUGCAUUAUGUAACAAUGGUCAGCUUAUCGAGCGCAUAUAGUUACUUUCCUAAAAACGUUUUCGCAAAGAGACAGAUAAAUAAUAGCGCAUUAAACAAUUAAUCGACAUACGAUAAGCUUUCAUAACAGAAGUGAAAUAGAUAUUAGGGCCGUUUAUACGAGAGAAAAUAAGCCGCGGCUUACUAUAGCCGCGGCUUACAUAAGACGCGAGCACCCUGUAUAAAUGGUACAAAAUGUAUGUCCACGGCUUAUUCAACCCAAGGCCAGCUCAAGCCGCGGCUUAUCCUGGCCGAGGGGUUUUGGGAUGGGCUUCUCCAAGCCGCGGCUUACCUUGGACGUGAAAGUGUUCGUAUAAAUGCACUCAAACGUUGUCCGCGGCUUGCUGAAGCCGUGAACGACUGCUGCGCAUGCUCUGUUUUCAAUUAUAUCCCAGACCUUCACGGCCGAGAGACGCGCGUUGCAGUGGCGGGAAAAUGAGUUUUCUUUACAUUUACAUUUACAAAGUGGAAAAUGGCGGAUAGAGAUUCACGUGAAAAAGAAAUGUGUGGAGUGCCCCAGAAGAAAAACAAAUCCUGCUCAUAUGCAGCGAGCUUGAGAUUGCGGGGACAUCUCGAUGAAACCACUCAACGGAUCGCUGUCGAAUCUUUCGUCGGGGUUUUCGCAUAAGUUUCCCAAUUUUCUUUGACCAAUUAAUUACCUGGGAACCCAACAACCAAUCAUAGCCGAAGAGACAGUUAAAUUAAAAUGAAAAAGACAGUGAAAAAAAACAGCGUUUCAAACGCUGUUUUUUUACGGGCCAAAGCCAGUCGUUUAGCUUUUUUGCUCGCCCAAGCCUUUGUUGCGAGAUGCAAACGCAAUUACCCCAAAACGAGGCAUCAAACCAAACUACGUCAUCAUUGGACCGAUCUGGCCGCGAACUAAGCCGUGAACCAUUUAUA